GUGCGUAUUUCAGGCUCCAUUAUGCACCAGCUGCUGCAGCUACUGAACGCUGUUCGUCUUUCGCCUGCUCAGUGGAUGCUGUAGGACUAUGACUGGUGUGUAGCUGCUCACAGGAUCCAGUCACUCCCUGCCGGCCGUCGCCUCCCUGCGGCAGCACCGCGGACAGCGACCAUGACUCGGCUGCGCAGGAAGGCGCUCGUCGCACUUUUCCUCUUCACGCUCUUCAUCUUCGGGACCAUGAUGGGACUCAGGACGCUCAAACCCAGCGACGGCUUCUCGGACCUGGCUCCCGGAAUGGACUUCAUCGGGGAGAAAUCCGAGAGGAGGAGGCUGGAUGUGAAAGACGUGGUGGUGUCGCCGGGCCAGUUCCACAUGGGCAGCAGCGACACGAAGGUGGUCUUCACCAAAUCAGACCGAGACUACAGCAUCUUCUACGACGUGCACAUCUUCUAUUACCUGUGGUACGGCUCUCCCAGCAUGGACAACAAGUACAUCCACUGGGAUCAUGUCCUGGUGCCGCACUGGGACCCAAAGAUCGCCGCCAGUCAUGCCCAAGGAAGGCACACUCCUCCAGACGACAUUGCCUCCAGUUUCUACCCGGAGCUGGGACCCUACAGCUCCAGGGACCCCAAGGUGCUGGAGUCACACAUGGCCCAGAUAGAGGCGGCUGCAGCGGGGGUGCUGGUGUUGUCCUGGUACCCUCCCGGGGUGGCAGAUGACCACGGGGAGCCCACCGAGGACCUGGUUCCUGCUGUCAUGGACGCCGCCCACAGGCACAGCAUCAAGGUGGCCUUUCACAUACAGCCAUACAAGGGGCGGACGGACCAGAGCAUGCAUGACAACAUCAAAUAUAUUAUUGACAAGUAUGGGAAACAUGGCGCCUUCUACAGAUUCAGGUCCAGCACAGGACGAGUCCUGCCUCUGUUUUAUGUCUAUGACUCCUACCUGACUCCGCCUGAGUCCUGGGCAGAGCUCCUGACAGCUAAAGGCUCCCACAGCAUUAGAGGCACACCUUACGAUGGGAUUUUUGUCGCCCUCAUUGUUGAGGAGCGCCACAAACAUGACAUCCUAGCUAGUGGCUUUGAUGGCAUGUAUACCUACUUUGCCUCCAAUGGAUUUUCUUUUGGCUCAUCCCACCAGAACUGGAAAGCCAUCAAGGCCUUCUGUGAUGCGAACAAUCUGCUGUUUAUCCCCAGUGUCGGCCCAGGAUACGUAGACACUGCUGUUCGCCCGUGGAACAACCAUAACACCAGGAACCGUGUCAACGGCCGGUACUACGAGACAUCCCUGCAGGCAGCUCUGUCCGUCAGGCCAGAAAUCGUCACUAUUACGUCCUUCAACCAAUGGCAUGAAGGUACGCAGAUAGAGAAGGCAGUACCCAAGAAAACAGUGACACGUUUGUAUCUAGACUAUCUGCCAAACCAAGCAGCCCACUACUUGGAGAUCACGCGCCAAUGGGCAGAGAACUUUAACAAGGAGAAGGACAAGUGGCUGAUGUGAAUAUAGCUUCAGUUUCCAGGUAGACAUUCUGAGCUUCAACAUAAAUGACACUAAGUCAGCUCCCACUGUUUAAAGACAGCACUUUUAUGUUCAUCCACUUAUCUGUUUCUCUCCAUCUCUAAGCACCUCUAAUGAGAUUUUCCCCAAAUCUUUACUCUUUCCUUACUGUUUUUAUUCACUAACAGUUUUUGUACAGUUUAAUAAUGUCACCGAUAUGUUGAAGGUAAAAGUCACAAUGAUGAUCAGCUAAUCGUCGUUUCCUGAUCAGUGUUUGGUUGCUACGUCAAAAAGUGUGGCUGUGUACAGUGACUUUGCUCUGUAGGGUUGCUUUUUUUUCUUAUUUUCUUAUGAUAAAGACUGUUCUUUCCUGUAUUUCCUUGAUGACAAAUUAAAAUGUGUGUCUGUU